CUCCUCUCGCUGCUCCUCCCUCUCGUUGCUCCGCAUGGCCGCGCGGUCGGCUCCUUGGCUUCCCGCCGGCUGUCCCGCUGUCGCUGCCGGCCGGCUCUCCUCGCGCCCGUCCCCGCCGCCAUGAGGUGCCACUACGAGGUGCUGGGCGUGCGGCGCGACGCGGCCGACGAGGAGCUGAAGCGGGCCUACCGGCGGCUGGCGCUGCGAUGGCACCCUGAUAAAAACCUUGAGAACGCUGAGGAAGCUGCCGAACAGUUCAAAUUAAUCCAGGCAGCGUACGAUGUGCUCAGUGAUCCUCAGGAGAGAGCCUGGUAUGAUAACCACAGGGAAGCUCUGCUGAGAGGAGUGGAUGGAGAUUAUCAAGAUGAUAGUUUGGAUCUGCUGCGCUAUUUCACUGUUAGCUGUUAUUCUGGAUAUGGAGAUGAUGAGAAGGGAUUCUUUACAGUUUAUCGACAUGUUUUUGAGCAAAUUACAAAAGAAGAGAUGGAAUAUGUGACUCACGAAGACACUGAAGAAUUCCCUACGUUUGGGUAUUCCCACAGUGACUAUGACACGAUAGUCCACCCUUUCUAUGCCUAUUGGCAAAGUUUCUGUACUCAGAAAAGCUUUGCUUGGAAAGAAGAAUAUGACACACGGCAGGCAUCGAACCGCUGGGAGAAACGAGCUAUGGAGAAAGAGAACAAGAAAACCAGAGAUAAAGCAAAAAAAGAGAGGAACGAACUAGUCCGUCAGCUGGUCGCCUUUAUUCGCAAAAGGGACAGAAGAGUACAGGCUCACAGGAAACUUGUAGAAGAACAGAAUGCAGAAAAACUUAGGAAAGCAGAGGAAAUUCGGAGGCAGCAAAAGCUCAAACAAGCCAAGCUUGCUGAACAGUAUAAAGAGCAGAGCUGGAUAACUAUGUCAGAUCUGGAGAAAGAACUGAAGGAGAUGGAGGCACAGUAUGAAAAGGAAUUUGGAGAUGGAUCAGAUGCUGAAGUUGAAUUAGAAGGGCACGAGACAAAAGAAGAUGCUGAAGACAGACAGAAUGAUGUAGCUGAAGAAGCUGAAUAUGCUGAUGAUCUCUACUGCCCUGCUUGUGACAAGCUGUUAAAAACUGAGAAGGCCAUGAAGAAUCACGAAAAAUCAAAGAAGCAUCGGGAGAUGGUGGCGCUUUUACGGCAGCAACUGGAAGAAGAGGAAGAGAAAUUUCCUGCAUCUUCAGAUGAUGCGAACAGAAUACAUACCAAAGAGGAGGAAGAAACGGGAGAGGUGCCCAAGCAGAAACUCUCCAAGAAGCAGAAGAAGAAACAGAAAACAAUGAUGACUUACGAGGACGAUUUUGAUAAAAGUGCUGAUGAGGAAACAAUGGAGCAAAAGGAGUUGCCCUGUGUGGACAAGGACAGUGGUCCAACAGAGCAGCCUGUAAAUGAUGACCAAAGAUGUGCUGUGUCAGAGGAAGCAAGUGCUGCAGAAGAAAGUAGCCCAGUGAAUGAAGCACAGAGUGAAGUGAAAAGCAGCACUAAGCCUAAAGGUAAAAAAGCCAAGGAUGCAAAAAAGUCUGCUAAGGGAUCUUCAGAGCACCAAACAACGAAUGAAGUUCCUAUUCACUGUGUAACCUGCAACUGUACGUUUCCAUCCCGAAAUAAACUGUUUGAACAUCUAAAAGCAACAGGACAUGCAAAAGCAACACAGGCACCAUCUGUAAAUGUAGCUGCCCACACCAGAAGCAAAAAAGAGAAACGUAAAAACAGAUAGAACUUUAUUACACUGCCAGUCUUCAGAAUCAUAUGUGAAGACUCUCUACAUUGAACAGUGUGCAUCGCCUAUUCUGAGGUAAACUGGGAAGGCAGCUCCAGGUUUUGGUGGAAGAAACCAAAAGGAAAAAAGAAAAAAAAGGAAGAUGUGAAAGAUGUAACAAGAAGAAUGUUAUCUUGUGAAGCAGUGUUUGCUUUUGUUUGUUUGUACUGUCUUUUCUCUACUGACUGAACUUGACCUACCGUUCUGACAGCUUCCAUGGUGAAGGGGCAGUAGUGAUUCAAAGUUGCCUUGAAUUCCUGUUGAAACUUGCAUGGAUGGAGUAACUAUGCAGAGGGAAUAAAUUUUUUUACCACGUCACAGUUGUUCUCUUUACAGAGACAGAAAACCAAUUUGAGGUUAAGACUCUGCUGAUUUGAUCUUCCAUCAGAAAUGAAAUGUGAACAGCACAAGUGGAAAAGUAACCGUCCUCAGUGGCCCCUUCAAAUAAACCAGCAGACAAAAAGGGGAAUGAUGUCAAAGUUGGUUAAUUACAGUUUUGACAGUCCCUGUUAGUUUUGGACGUGAUCCUGUGUGCAAAGGAGCUUGUACUGGGGAGGGAAAUCCUGUGGAAGAGCCUUGCUGGAAUAAGUGUGGGAGGGAAUGGAUGAUGGCUGAGGUGUCAGUGUUAAUGUAUGUGAGUUGACAGGGGUUCUGUCCUGUGGUACAUGCACACUAAAUGCUGCCAAUUCAGGAGAGAGUGUCAGGGGAUAUGCGUUGCUCUCCAUGCGUGUUUUGCUUUCCUGAUGAAAAACAAAAUGGGAGCUGGUAUCGCAUCUCUGUUUAAAUGCAUAACUAAUUCAUUCUGAAUGGCACUUAAAGCAAGAACAGAUGAACAUCUGAUUUUGGAGUGCGUGCGUACAAAACAAGCAGUCAGUGAAGUUAGAGAAUUCAGUGUUCAUGGAGGGCUUGGGGAUAUGGUAUGUUUAGUAUACCUAUAGAUUUUUCUGUAUUUCUCUCAUUGCAUUUUCUAAAUGUAAUGUAUUGCCUUAUCUGAGUUGCUCUAGCAUUUCAGCUUAUCAGACAAAAAGGGUGGGACACGGAACUGUUAUUAGAUCAAGGUAUUAUUCAAGCAUUAAAAUUCUCAUCAAAGUAAAACGACAAAUACAUUUUUCUUGGUAAAGACAACAAUAUUACUUUUAUUGGAGAGCGGAAAAGGUAACAAAAAUUUGUUUCAAAAGUGAUUAUGUUAGAGAAGCUGUACCUUAUUCCACCAGUCAGAGUUUGCAUCUUUGCUAAAUUUCUCAAAUUCAAAAAGCAGCAGGAAGAAAAGCAAAAUAUAUCUAUAUAUGCAAAAUAUAUCUAUAUAUCUAUAAUACAUAUGUAUAUAGAUAUAUUUUGGGAGGAUGAUGACUGGAUUUGACAUAAAAAAUAAUGACCAUAAUUAGAAAGUUUCAAAUUGUGUGCACAGAGUUUUUAAUGCUCUAAUUACACUGUAUGACCAUGAUAAAAGUAAACCCUUUUAGCUCUGUUUGAGACCCACACUUACGUUCUGCUCAGAAUGCUUCCUAGCCCAAGAGUGACUUUGUGUGAAAUCUCACAUGGUGGGGUAAGACUUAAACUGCAAUAUUAUCCUUUGAGUUGAUUAUUUUUGUUAUUUAAGUAAAAUAAAACAAUGAUGAAGGAUUG